UGCAAGUGUAUCUAUAUAUCUGACACUCCUUUGUAUGACUCUCUCCACCUUCUUCUUCUUCAUCUUCAAUUAGGGUUUCACAUUUCACAGUUAACGACACACAAAAACAAAAACCAGUCACCAUUUCUCCUCUUUACUUCCUUUAAUUCACUCAACGGACUCAAGAAUCGAAAACCCAUCUCAGUCGAUUGACUCCAUGACUCUGAACUGCGGACAUUUUUCACUAAGCAGAAGAACAAUCAAGUAAAAAAUAUCAGUAAUACCCUUGUGCUGUAGAAGAUGGAGAGAUCUAGAUCUAAGCGAAAUUACUAUUAUGACCAUCCACAAGACUAUGACAAUGAAACUACAAUCACUAGAACAAAACCCAGAUACAACAACAAUAACAACAGUCACUACUUCCCUAACAACAACCGCUACCGUGGCGGCGGAGGCGGCGGUGGAAACAACAACUUCAACGGCAACCGCCCGAAGCCACCGCAGCAGGACAACACUCUAAUGGUAACCACAAGCUAUCGGAUUUUAUGUCACGAUAUGAAAGCAGGUGGAGUGAUUGGUAAGUCGGGGAGUAUUAUCAAGUCCAUUAGACAGCACACUGGCGCGUGGAUCAAUGUGCAUGAGCUGAUUCCCGGCGACGAGGAGAGAAUCAUCGAGAUUUCGGACACGCGGCGGCGGGACCCGGAAGGGCGAAUGCCGUCGUUUUCGCCGGCGCAGGAGGCCUUGUUUUUGAUACACGAUAGGAUUCUGGAGAGUGAUGGGCAGUUUGGGGGGAUGAUUGAAGAGGAUGAGUAUGGUGGUAGAGGGGUUAGUAAUGGGAGUAGAGUUGCUACGAGAUUGGUUGUGUCGAGAAUGCAUGUGGGUUGUUUGUUGGGGAAAGGUGGGAAGAUUAUUGAGCAAAUGAGGAUGGAGACGAAGACCCAGAUUAGGAUUUUGCCUAGAGAUCAUACUUUGCCUCGCUGUGUUUCCAUGUCUGAGGAGAUUGUUCAGGUUGUAGGUGAUAUGAAUGCAGUUAAAAAUGCUGUAGCAGUAAUAUCAUCACGCUUGAGGGAGAGUCAGCACCGUGACCGAAGUCAUGGAAAUUUCCAUGGGCGAAUACACUCACCAGAUCGAUUUUUCCCUGAUGAAGAUUAUGUUCCCAACAUGAAUAACUCGGGACGACGGUCAUCUAUUGAUGGGCCCUCAUUUGGUUCACGAUUAUCUGGCCCCAAUUACCGAAACAAUAAUUAUUCCUCCCGCCAAUCUGGUUACCCUGUUGAAGCUGGGGCUCCCAUGGCUGACAGUGCCCAGCCCUUUUAUGGCGAUGACCUAGUGUUCAGAAUGCUUUGCCCUGCAGAGAAGAUUAAUAAAGUGAUCGGGGACUCUGAUGGCAUAGUAGAUUUGCUUCUGAAUGAAAUUGGUGUGGAUAUAAAGGUUUCUGACCCAGUCUCUGGAUCAGAUGAGCAGAUAAUUACCAUUUUAUCUGAGGAGGGCCCUGAUGAUGAGCUAUUUCCUGCUCAGGAGGCUCUGUUGCAUAUUCAAACACAAAUUGUGGAUCUUGUUCCCGAUAAAGACAAUAUUAUAAAAACUAAGUUAAUAGUCUCAUCUGGUGAAAUUGGAUGUUUGGAGGGAAGAGAUGGAUCAUUGUCUGAGUUGGAGAGGUUAACUGGUGCAAAAAUACAGACCCUGCCAAGGGACAAGCUUCCUGCUUGUGUAUCAGGCACUGAUGAGCUUGUACAGAUAGAAGGGGAAAUAAAAGCAGCUCGAGAUGCUCUUAUUGAAGUGACAUCAAGACUGAGGAGUUACUUGUACAAGGAAUUCUUCCAAAAGGAUACACCGCCACCAACGUCUGUGUCCAGCAUUGGGUAUGCUUCAGGAAUGGAAGUUGCCUCACCAAUUAAUGCGACUGCAGCUCGUGACGGUGGUGGUGAACCUCCUGCUGCAAAUUAUCAUACUACACAGACUGCAGCAGCUACACAACCAUCAAAGGUUCUUGAUGCUGGAAGGUCGAGCACGGAAAAAGUGAAGCAGCAUGAAAGUGAACGACGGGAAGAUGUGCCUCCUGUAGUACCUAGAAUCUCUGUACCACUUGUGACUAGAAGUAUUAUUGAGAUUGUAAUACCAGAGCACGCAGUUCCCAAGCUCGUAACAAAAUCGAAAAAUAAGCUCGCCCAGCUCAGUGAGUUAUCCGGCGCCAGUAUACGCAUUUUAGAAGAUAGCCCGGACAUGACGGAAAAGAUUAUACAAAUAUCGGGCACUCCGGAUCAAGUAGAGAGAGCCCAGAGCUUGCUUCAGGGAUUUAUCUUAAGUACACAAGAAGAUGGACCUUGAGAGGAUAAUGAAACUACAGAAAUGAGUUAACGGUAUCUAAUCUCCUGAAUUAUAAAUCCUAACAACAAAUGCGGAGCGUUUUGUCGGCCAAAUUUUGGCAUGACAGCAUCAAACAGGGGUGCAUGUCUCUCUUGGCUGUUGUUGUUUUAAAUCUGUAAUUUUGAAAAUGAGAGUUCCACUGUAAAUAGAACUUGGGGAGCUCAGCUUUUUGUUGUUUCUUUUUCCUGUAUCGAUAUGAGAAUGCAGUGGUUUCGUUUUGAAGUGAAUUUGCAUGCUUCGUCA